AAUGAUAGCUUUUACUCUGAAAAAAGGGGAAAAAAAGGAAGAAAGAUGGCGUGCGAGGUUCAAGGUGAGGGAGAUCCAAGCCCUCUUGCUACAUCACCGUCAACACAGCGUAAGCUGAAUGGAAAUUGCUAUGGGUGCGGGCAGAAAGGUCACUGGAUAGCGAAUUGCCCCACCAAGAUCGGCAAAGGAUCGUCCACACCACCCGGAUCCCACAACAAUGUACCUGUGUUGCGCUGCGGUUGCCAUAGGACUUGCCGCGUUCGUGUUUCCCAUACAGAGAAAAAUCCAAAUAGGAAGUAUUAUUAUUGUCCUGAGUGUGAGUUUAUUGGUUUUUGCGACACAUUUGAGGCUAUAGUGUGUCCCUGUGGCGCUGGUUUCUGCACCAUCAAUUUGGAAGGAGAUGGGGAAAAAGGGCCAAAGAAUUACCACAAGCAAAACAAGAGAUACUAUUAUACUUGCCGAAUAAAAAAGGGACAUGGAGCUUGUGAUUUCACUCAAUUUGGCAGUGCUCAACAUCCGUGGCCUUCUCCAGUGGUGCCUAUAUUCUCCCCGAAAGAUAAACCACCAUUGGAAGAGACUCCAACGCAUCAUCCAGUAGCAAGGAAUCAACAAGAUUCUUCUGAUGGGUCCAACCUGGUCACCGUGGAGGGCAGAAUCCAUGUUUCCCGUUUAGGAUCCCAAUCUGAGAUUCAUGGCCGUCAAAUUGCAUUCUGUAAUCAGAUGUCUAGUGCAGGGGAUUCCCCAACUCAAUGUAAAAUUGUUUACAUUUUGGGCGUGCGGGUGUUUGGUUGGUUAGGCAGGCUUGUUUUCUCUCCCUCUCGAUCUUUAGCUGAUCCUCCCUUUUACUAUGCAGAUAUUUAUGAUCAUAAUAGAACUUCAUCAAUAUGGCAAUUGUCUCAUGCCCCUUCUGUUAAUGUUGUUGCCCUUGAACAAGUAUUCCCUGCAUCACCAAGAGAGGAUGCCCAUCCGUUUGGCAUUCCUUCAAGCCACAAGAGGCUUCGCAAUGCAGGGCAAAAUGAUCCUCUUCUGGGAGAUCUUAUGGAGCGGCAUAUGAUUGAAAAGUGCCGGUAUGAUGACAUUUGCCAAAUGCAUCAAGAGGCUCUGUCUGCCUUUACAACUUGUGAUAAGCAACUUCAAUCUCUUCGGGAAAGGAGUGCUGUUAUUAGGAAUAUGCUUGGGGAAGUAGAGAAGCUGUUGCUUCCUUGUGAGACUGAGACUGAAAAGCUCAAGAAUGAUGUCCAAGAGUUAUCUAAACAGUUGAUGCACUCAAAAAGAAAGAUGGAGGUCACAUCUCGAGAAUUGAUGGAAGCUGUUAGAGAUGAUUUAGAGAAGGCGAGAUAUUAGCUACCUUCUGUUGUUGUUGUGAUGUCUACAUAUUUAGCCUAUCUGUAGCAGUAGCAGUAGCUGUGAUGAAGGUUGUCUGCGGCAGAAUGGAAGGAAAUGAAUGAAGCUAGGAAAUUUGCUUAAUGUAUAUAUAUAUAUAUAUAUGUUUGAUCAUUAGUGUAUAAUGUCAUGUGAUGAAUGAACGUGAUGUAAAUUU